CUAUGAUUUUUCAAUAAUCAAAACUUAAGGUGUGAAUGCAUACAUAGAUUAGGAUUUAGGACAAAAGACCGAGACAUGAAUGUGACAAAUAAGCCAAAUCCAGAUGGUUCCACCAAUGGGUUUCAGUCUCUGCUUCAACAGCAACACAGUAAUGCUUGGGAGGGAUCAUCUACACAUCCACCCACUGAGCCUUAUCCUGCACCAACGGCUAGCUACCAGGACAUUGUUCGUGAUGAAAACCUCUUCUGGGAAAAGCUUCAAGCUUUUCAUCAAUCACUUGGUACCAAAUUUAAGGUUGUUAUUGUGGGAGGAAAGUCACUUGAUCUACAUCGCCUUUUUGUGGAAGUUACAUCUCGUGGUGGGAUUGAAAAGGUGAUUAUUGAUCGUAAGUGGAAGGAAGUGAUUCUGGCCUUCAAUUUCAAAGAUACCAUAACAAGUGCAUCAUUUGUAGUGCGAAAAUCUUAUCUAUCCAUGCUUUAUCACUUUGAGCAAGUGUAUUAUUUUGGGAGGCAAGGCUUUCCUCCCCAAACACCUGAUAUUAUGAUUAGAGGCCAACCAGGCCUUUCCAAUGGCUCCACAACUAUUCUCGAGGUUACCGAUGUGAAUGAUUCACCUGUUCAGGUUACUCCAGUUCAGGGAUAUGAUGCUGUGCUUUCUGGAACAAUUGAUGUGAAAUUUGAUGGUGGAUACGUAGUCACAGUGACUGUGGGUUCUGAGGAGCUGAAAGGUGUCCUGUUUCAUGUUCCUGAUAACAUGUCCAAGAGUUCUCAUACCGAAGGCAAUACCAGUUCACAGAAUCAUGGUGAAGGCACAUCUGGGUCGCACAGUCGAAAGAGAGCAAAAUAUACACCACGUGAUCCUUUCCGGCCGAAGUCAAACAGGAGCGGUUACAACUUUUUCUUUGCUGAGAAUUAUGCCAUGCUGAAGCCCUCUUAUCACGGGCAAGAGAGAGCAAUUAGUAAGAGGAUUGGGUUUCUGUGGAACAAUCUGUCAGAAGCAGAAAGACAGGUUUAUCAAGAGAAAGGGGUGAAAGAUAAGGAAAGAUAUAGAACUGAACUGAUGGAAUACAAAUCCAACAAUUCAACUCCAAAUGCUCAAUAGGAUGUUGUUUUGUGUAAUUUCAUAUGGUUUACUUUUUAUUCGUUGCAUUUGUCUUUGUUUUUAGUUAAUUUUCUUAUGAUGAUUCUACAGAGAAACUUAGAAGAGUAGCUUUGUGACAAUUCUGGUGUAAAUUAUGCAGAAUGGUUUUGAAUUUUAUAGUGCCAUGUUGUAGCAGUUCAUUUAUUGUGGUUGCUCUAAAACAAAGGAUCCUUCAUUCAA